AUGGAGUCGGAAAAGUCAUACCUCGACAACCACCUGGCCACGGUCCAGACCACCGCGAUUGGUGAAAACGUCCCCCUGGAACUCCCGGGGGCGGUUCACCAGCGCAAUAUCAAGCUGGUGGGAGAUGCCAUCGAGCCCAUGGGCAUGGGCCGCUAUCAAUGGCAGGUCUUUUUGACGUGCGGCUUUGGGUUUGCAGCCGAUCAAAUCCUCCUCGUCGCCGUCGGCCUGGUCUUGCCUCAGAUCGUCAAGGAGUUCAAGACGGACAACGCAAACUAUGUGGUCUUUGCGCUAUACGUCGGCCUCCUGGCCGGUGCAGUCACCUGCGGCUCCCUCGUGGACCUGUUCGGUCGCCGGCUGGUGUGGAUUUUGUCGCUGCUCCUGACGUCGGUCAUGGCUAUGGUUUGCGCUAGCGCCCCUAAUUUCGUUGUACUCUGUGUCUUCACCGCCAUCGAGGCUUUUGUUGGCGGUGGCAAUGUCUCGAUUGACCUGGCGAUCAUGAGCGAGUUCCUGCCCAAGAAGCACCGCUAUCUCCUGACCGUGUUUGCGGCCGCUUGGGGCGUGGGUAACGCGCUGGGAGGGUUGUUUGCCUGGCCUCUCAUCGCCAAUUACUCCUGCGGCCCUGACGCAACGCCGGCGACCUGUCACCGAUCGGAGAAAAUGGGGUGGAGAUACCAGUAUAUCCUGACCGGCGGCUUCUGCCUCGUCCUCUCCCUCAUCCGGGGCCGUCUGGACGACGCCGUAGCUGCCGUGGCCGAAGUCGCCCGCGUGAAUAAGUCUAGUGUCAUCCUCGAUCGCGGGGCUCUGCACGAGGAACCAAAGGUGGAGAGUGCCACGGCCGUCAAGAUCAAAGACAUGCCAGUCUUGCAGCAUGUGCGCGGCCUUUUUGCCGAUGCAAAGCUGGCUCGCUCGACAGCAUCCAUCUUCUUCCUGUGGAUGGGUAUAGGCAUUGCGUACCCCAUCUACACAUUGUUUCUGCCGGCGUACCUCGCGGCGCAUGGCGCCAGAUUAGGUGACGGAAGCACCUAUAUGACGUAUCGGGAUUAUACUAUUUCGUCGAUUGUUGGCAUCUUCGGGCCUCUGCUGAGCGGCUACCUCGUGCAAGUCCCUCUCCUCGGGCGUCGUUACUCGAUGACGGUGACUGCAUGCUGCGCGGCUGCAUUUGCAAUUGCCUCCACGACGGUGCGCAACGAGGCGCAGCAUCUGGCGUUUUCGUCCAUGAUCAACUUCUGGCAGAAUGCCUACUAUGGCAUCCUCUACGCGUGCGCUCCGAACUUCCUUGCCUAUGUCCGCCGAAGAGUAUGA